AUGCCGGCCGAGCAGGCGCUGGAGCUGGUGCAGGAGGCGAAGCUGAGUCUCGCGACCGGCGCGCUGCGGCAGUACAAUGCGGAGCAAAUGCGACUCGUGCUGCUCGAGACGCGGCAGCUGCAUACCCAGCUCGUCCCGCUUGCCGACGCGGCGCGCGCCGCGUCCGGAAGCGGCGCGGACCCUGCGCUUGCGGCGCAGCUCGUGACGCUGCAUCUCCAGGCGUACCGCAACAAGCGGUGCAUGCUCGUAUACCACAACCAGCGCCUCGAGUGGCUCAAGCGGCGCGUCUGGGACAAGGCCGGCGCCCUGGCGCUCGUCCUCGACGAGGACCAGCCGCCGAACGCGGGCGGCGAGGCGGAUGUGCUGUCCAUCCGCCCGCUGCUCGACCACACGGAGCUCGAGUGGCUGCGUGCAUACUCGGGCCUUGUGGGCCUGUACAAAGAUACCUACCUCGACGUGCUCGACGUGACGCUCCCCCUGGCGACCGGCGUCGGCCACGCGCGGCACGACGGGCACAUUCAGUCCGCGCGGCAGACGGCCGCGAGUGCGCGCAACGCGCUCGGCGGUGCGUCCUUUGCGCCGGGCGCCGCGGUGAGCGUCUAUGCAAAAAUCACGCCGCCCAACACGCUGCGUGCGCCCGACGACCUGAUGAUCACGGUGCUCGUGACGCGCGACGCACAGGACGUCGAGACGGAGCGCGGGACGAUGCAGCUGCGUGCCGGCGAGCGGCUGUACGUGCGUCGCGACGAGGUCGAGCCGCUGCUGCUCCGCGGCUGGCUCCGGCAGGUCGACACGUAG